ACUCGUUGAAAAAAAGUAAGAAGAGAUUAUUGUCUACGAUUGUUUUAUUGAUACUGUUUGAUACAUUGGUGGCGUCCAUUUAUAAGAUGUUGUGAUAUGCGUUUGUUAACCGUGCAAAUUAUAAUUAACUAUUUAACAGAAGAUUGGUAUUUCAAUUUAGAGAAGAUCCUUAACAAGUGGCGACCGUUGGAAAAGAGCGCAUUAUUACAACAAAGGGUGCGCACUACAGGCACUACGGCGUAUCAAAAUGGCGGAGUAUAUAAAAGCAGACCGCGAACGAAAACAAAUUCGUCGAUUGUUCAAUAGAACAGCAACUGCGCUGGAACAAAAAAUACUAGAACAGGAUGUCAGCGCGGUGGAAGUGGACUUCUUAUAUUUAACGGAAAAAUUCAAUCGCUUGCGAGUGCUCGACGAAGUCAUACAGAAUUUGCAGGCGGCGAAGACAGAUUUCGAUGAAGAGGAGUUCACUAAGGAAGUGGAUGAGGCAGAAGAAUUUCUGACGAAAUACGUGUACUUCAAACAUAAGUAUCACAUUUUGAAGCCGGACGUCAAAGAGACUAAUCAUACGAUGACGAUGACGGCCGUCCCAGAAAACAAGAAAAACUUCAAACUUCCAAAAAUAGAAAUUAAGAAAUUCGACGAUGACCCCAAAAAAUGGAUUCAGUUUUGGGGCCAAUAUAAGAAGAUACAUGAGGACCGCAGCAUCACAGAAGAGGACAAGUUCCAGUACUUACUUCAGAGCUUGAAGGAUGACUCGAAUGCCCGUGUCUUAGUGGAGAGCUUCCCACCCUCUGCAGGCAAUUACCCGAAGGCUCUUGAACAGCUGAAGAACCGGUAUGGACGAGAAGAAAUGUUAGUGGAGGUGUACAUCCGAGAACUGUUAAAUAUGGUGCUCGCACAAGUUCGUGGUGAACUCGUCUUAGACUUAAGGACCUUACAUGAUAGAAUUAGUACAUACCUGCAUGCUCUGGAAACGUUGAAAGUAACUAAAGAUAGGUAUGAUGCAAUGCUUUUUCCUUUAAUUGAAUCGGCUAUGCCCGAACAAGUUCUGUUAGCAUACAGUAGGGCGCAGUCACAAAGUACACAAUUAAAUCAGGGCUCAGAACGAUUGGCACAGUUGUUGAAGUUCCUUGAAAAUGAAGUACAAGCAGAGGAGAGGAUUAGGCUUGCUAGAUCCGAUUUCAUUUCUAGCAAGUCUCCCAAGACAGUGUCCGGAUCAGACAUUCAACCGACAGCGACAUGCCUUACAACAAAGGUAACAAUGGAGAGAGGUAAGGAAUGUUGUUAUUUUUGUGAUAAGGAGAAUCAUACAGUGAAUGAGUGCAGUAAGGGGGUAGAUUUGACCUUGGAUGAGAAAAAAGAAUUAAUUAAAAAGAAAGGUGGGUGUUAUAUAUGUCUAAAGCGGGGUCAUAUGGCAAAACAAUGUAGAGCAUUUUUAAAAUGUAUAGCAUGUAAAAGAAGGCAUUUAGUUGUAUUAUGUCCAGAUUUGCAUAGCGAAAAGAAUAAAGACAUUGAAGUAUCGAAAAAACCAAAUGAAAAUGUCACUUUGUGUCAGGAUAUAACAACCACUCUGUUACAGACAGUGGUUGCAGUGGUUGAAUACGGAGGCAAGAAAAAGAAGGUGAGGAUUCUUAUUGAUGGUGGUUCACAGCGGACAUAUAUCAAGACUAGCCUGGCUGAAGAACUGAAUCUAAAGGUAAUAGGUCAAGAGCAGAUUGGACACACAUUGUUUGGGGCAAUACAAACAGAACCUGAGGUCUACAACAAAUACGAAUUUAAGGUGAGUUCAUUAGACAAUUCCUCUGAUAUUACCAUAAAAGCUCUUGCUAAAAACACUACACUUUGUGGUGUUCUGCCUAAAGUGGAUGAUAAGAAAGUUAUGCAGAAACUCAACAAUUUGAAUGUACAAUUAUCAGACAUUGAAAAUGACAUAGUUGACAUUGGCAUAUUGAUAGGGUCAGAUUACAUGGGUGCAGUAAUAUCAGGCACAAUAAUAUAUCUUGAAAACAAUUUGUUUGCCAUGAAAACAAAGCUGGGAUGGACGCUACAAGGUCCUACAUUAAGUGCUUAUAGCUGUACAGUACUACAAACAUGUUUCUCACAAACAAAUAAUAUUACAGACUUGUGGAGCAUAGAGCUCUUAGGAAUUAAAGACCCACAAGAAAAGAGGGAACAGGAAGAAAUAUUAAAAAGUUUUAAUGAUAAUAUUUCAGAGGCUGAGUCAGGCAGAUAUGAAGUGAACCUGCUGUGGAAAGAAGACACUCCAGACUUAAAACCGAACUAUGACCAAGCAUUCAAGAGACUUCAAAUAACGUCAAAGAAGCUUGAGAAAACAGGAAAUCUACAGGCUUAUGAUGAGGUUUUCCAAGAAUGGGAAAAAGAAGGAAUUAUCGAAGAGGUCAAAGAUGAUGAUAAAGGAAAAGGCCAUUAUCUAGCCCACCGACCUGUUAUCAAGAUGUCGAGCAACACCACUAAAGUGAGACCAGUUUAUGAUGCAUCAAUGAAAGAUCAGAAUGGAUGGUCAUUGAACGACUGCAUGGACAAAGAGUCAAAAGAACUAAUGAACAUGGGAAAAUUCGACCUUCGAGGAUGGGUAACAGCUCCAAAAAGAAUAGAUGACACGAUUACCGUACCGGUUUUAGGUAUAAUAUGGAACACUGCACAAGAUGACUUAGAGUGUAGUGUAAACCUGAAACACGGAAUCAAAGACAGAAUAACUAAGAGAGAGCUGCUAUCUAUAACCCAGCAAGUAUUUGACCCGCUUGGAUUGGUCUCUCCGGUCACCUUGAUACCUAAACUUAUAACACAGAAAGCAUGGCUGAAUAAUACAGGAUGGGAUGAACCAAUUCCAGAAGAAUUAGAAAAAGAGUUCAAAGAGUGGUUAGACACACUGCACUAUAUUAACCAAUGUCGAUUUCCCAGACGUCUGACUAGUGCACCAAUUGAAGAAUGCGAAACUAGUGUCCAUGUGAUGUGUGAUGCUAGUAAAGAUGCAUAUGCAGGAUGCAUUUUUCUACGUACGCAGCAUGGUGAUCAAGUCAAUGUCCAACUAGUGUUAGCUAAGAGUCGAGUAACACCAACCAAAAGAAAGAUGAGUCUACCAAGAGCUGAACUGAUGGGUUGUCUAAUUGCUUCAAGACUGUUCACAGAAGUUGUUAAUUCUGGUCUACUGACUCUAUGUAAGAACUAUGAAGUUUUUUGUUGGACUGAUUCGGCUGUAGCCUGGGCAUGGCUGAAAAGACAGAAAUCUUGGAAACCUUUUGUCAGUAACCGGGUCACAGAAAUCUGCAAGAACACAAAAAAGGAAGAUUGGUACCACUUACCUGGAAACGCCAACCCUGCUGAUCUGCCAUCUCGCGGCUGUGAUGCAAGAACGCUGCUCGAAAGUCGCUGGUGGGAAGGCCCACAAUGGCUUAGACUAGAAAAAGAUAAGUGGCCAAAAUCAAACAUCAAUGACAUCCCUAUUGACGAGAAAGCUGUUCUCCGUGGUGGGGAGGAUGGUGGGAACGCAUAA